CAUGCAGAGAUCGUCGAGCUUAUCUUUCCAGAAGCAAUAUUACUUUAACCUGAGUUUUCAUGUUCUUCAUAUAUAUUGAGAUCAUCUGCCUUUCGAAAAAAGUUUAUUUGGAGGCUGCCGCACGGUAGCUAGCUAUACUUUCGUGCUUGGAAUAAAAAUCUCAAUGGCUGAUCUUUCCAAUCAUCUGAUAAAGAAGUAUUGGGUGUGUGCCACGUUAGCCUCUACGUGGUUCUUUCUUUUCCCACGAUUUGUCUGCAAAAGCGGAGACCAGUAACACUAGGUUAGAUUUUAACAAAGAAGUGGUGAUAAAUGCAGCUGGACCAACAUCCCAUUAUAACCCCCCUUGGAAGAACUAUAGAACAACAUGAGAAGAUUCUUCUUUUAAUUUUCCUUUUGCUUUUUCAAUUUUCUAUCUUCUGUUGACUGGGUAGCAGGAAAAGUACUUGUUUUUUACUCUCUCUUCCAAGAAAUUAAAAGUAGGGGCGUACUUGCCCAGAAACCAUCUAUGAAUACAUAUAUAGUUUCAUACUAAAGUCAAUCAAAUGUUUUGAUGAUAAUCAUGAUUCACGUAGUUGGAGGUACUGUUAAAAGUUAAAAAAAAAAAAGGAAAAUUGGUUGCACCCCUCUGAUCGUCAUUUCUCUAAGAGUUGAGAGAGCAUAUUAUAUUAUAUAGACUGGAAAGUAUUAAUAAUGGACAUCAGCCAAAAUGGAUUUUUAGAGUGUACAUCAAAUCAUAUCAUGAUAUAGAGUAGAUAAGACUUAUCUUGACUCAAAGUUCCACGUAACCCCACCAUAUUUUUUUUUCUGUUUAAAAUAGUGAAAUCUGUCAUGUCUAUAAGCAAUGCUAGAUAAAAACUUCGGACGUUUAAGUUCAGAGCAUUGCACAAGUUGCACAAUGAUUAUUAAUACUAAUUGAUAAAGGGUAGUCUUCGGGAUGGCCGCAUUGCACAAGUUGAGCUUCAAGUUGUUGAUUUUAAUUAUGCGAGACAACAUCUGUAUUUUUUGACUCUGGCUUUCAAUUGGAAAUCAUCAGGAAAGGGCACACAUUCCAAAUUCAUGAUAUAUGAGCAGGAAAGACUGAUCGAGAUCUUUUCAUAGAAAGAAAACACCUUCAUAAAAUGAAGUUUAUGAAACUUGGCAUAAGGCCAGAUACCUUUUACACCGAAGAAGCUACCAGGACCCUGAUCUCAGAUUUACGUGGCGAUAUUGUGAUUCAAGUUAAUGAUACCAGCUAUCUCCUCCAUAAGCUGCAGUUUCCACUGCUUCCAAAGUGUGGACUCUUGCAACGGCUUUGCUCAGAGUCUGGCGAUUCCAACAACUUUACAGUUGAGCUUCAUGAUCUUCCUGGAGGGGAAGAGGCUUUUGAACUGUGUGCUAAGUUUUGCUAUGGGAUUACCAUUAAUGUCAGUGCUCGCAACUUUGUACCAGCAUUCUGUGCUGCUAAAUUUCUUAGAAUGAAUGAAUCUGUAGAGAAGGGGAACAUGGUUCUCAAACUUGAGGCUUUCUUCGCUUCAUGCAUUUUGGAAGGUUGGAAGGACUCUAUUGUGACACUCCAGAGCACAUCCAAUUUACCUGAGUGGUCUGAGACCUAUGGAAUCACCAGAAAGUGCAUCGAUUCCAUCGUUGAGAAAGUCCUCACACCCCCAUCAAAGGUUGCAUGGUCCUACACUUACACUAGGCCCGGUUACUCCAAGAAAAGCCGACAUUCUGUUCCGAAGGACUGGUGGACAGAAGAUAUAUCCGACCUUGACAUAGACAUGUUCCGCUGUAUUAUCACUGCCAUCAAAACAACAUGUAUAAUGCCACCACAGCUUAUUGGUGAAGCCUUGCAUGUCUAUGCCUGUCGCUGGUUACCAGACACAACAAAGAAGAGUCCUCUAGAAGCUGGUUUAGUGCCUCAAACUGAAGGACUCAAGGAGAAAAACUGGCUAAUUCUUGGAACUAUAGUGAGCAUGAUUCCCGGAGACCGAGGAUCAGUUUCAGUUGGCUUUUUGCUAAGGCUUCUUAGCAUAGCAUAUUAUGUUGGAGCCUCUCCAGUGACAAAAUCAGAGCUCAUAAGGAGAUGCAGUCUGCAAUUUGAGGAGGCAACAAUGAGUGACUUGCUCUUUCCCUCGCACUUAACCUCUGAGGGGCACUCUUACGACGUGGACUUAGUUGUGGCAGUUUUAGAAAGCUUAGUGGUGCUAUGGAGAAGACAGCCCCCUACAGCCGCAGAAAACAGACAUUUUUUGGGAUCCAUCAGGAAGGUUGGGAAGCUCAUUGAUUCUUAUAUUCAAGUGGUUGUAAAGGAUGUCAACAUGCCGGUUUCAAAAAUAGUAUCACUUGCUGAAGCACUACCCGACAUUGCACGGCCAGAACACGAUGACCUUUACAAGGCAAUCAACAUUUAUCUAAAGGCGCAUCCUGACCUGAGUAAAGCAGACAGAAAGCGCCUCUGCCGAAGUCUAGACUGCCAAAAGCUAUCUCCAGAGGUACGUGCCCAUGCUGUGAAAAACGAAAGGCUACCAUUAAGAACUGUGGUGCAAGUCCUCUUUUUUGAGCAAGAGAGAGGUUCCAAGGAAACUAAUCACAAGCUACUUCUUCCGGAGCUGAUUCGUAGGGGAACGCAGGCACUAACUGCAGGAAACGAUGAGGGUAAGCUAAAAGUAGGUCCAGAUGAAAAACUUAGUAGAAGGGAGGGGCCAGGAAGAACCACCAUUGCCAGAACCAGUGAAAGGGAUCAACAAAAAAUGAAGAGAUCAGAUGGAAAGUUGCCACUAGCAUUGGAAAGAAAGUUGGCCAUUUCUGAAAUUGAGGAAGUGGAGUCAGAGAAGGAGAAGGAAAUAAGAGAAGAAGGAAUGUCUCGGAGAAAACUGGAGCCUAAGAAGAUUGUAUCAAAGGGAAGCAGAUCAGACCAUAGCCAGGACAGAGUCAGAGAAAGAUAGUAAAUGAAAACCAUCCAGUUUCUCCUUCAACUUACGGUAAUAGUUUAAUUGGCCUUUCGUUAUGUUACUAAAAAUGCUGUUCUUUUUAGAAGUGUAUAAGCCGUUUGCAUCAUUUGUGUUCAUAGAAAGUUAUUGUUAAGCUAUCUAUCAGAAGCUCCAUAUCACUGCUAUCUAGAAGACUUGUUUGUCUUUA